ACAUUUUUGACUUCAGACAUUGCCUCCUGUGGAAUCAAAGAAGGUAAAUAUGAACACCUCGCAUGGAUCGGUAUGCACAAGGUUGGUCAGGACUGGGUAUGGACUGACGGUACCCCAUCAAACUACAUCAACUGGGCACCAAAGCAGCCUGACAAUCCAGGAAAGGAAAAUUGUGUGGAGACGGCGCCGGAUCUUUCUCACGAUAAAUGGUAUGAGAACUGGAAUAACGAAGCGUGCAGCACCGAGAUGAGAGCUUAUAUCUGCAAGAAGGGAUCUAUUCAUGCAUAG